CAAUGAUUGUUUAUAUUCACGAAACGUUUGAAUGAAAGGCAAUCAGCUGUUCGGGUUUCAAAAUUGAGCUGGGUGUUUACGUGGAAUUUCUACUCGAAACCAAAUAAAUAAAUCAUCAUGAUUGAGAUCACAGACCUGCAAAAAAUUGGCAUCGGCUUGGCUGGCUUCGGCAUUUCAUUUCUGUUCCUCGGCAUGCUGCUGCUGUUCGACACGGGCUUGCUCGCUAUAGGCAAUAUCCUAUUCAUAUCGGGCUUGGGCUGUGUGAUCGGCGUGGAGCGCACCCUGCGCUUUUUCUUCCAGCGGCACAAAGUCAAGGGCACGACAGCCUUCUUUGGAGGAAUAGUCUUCGUUCUGCUGGGCUUUCCCAUCAUUGGCAUGAUUAUUGAGUCCUAUGGAUUCUUUGCGCUGUUUAGCGGCUUCUUCCCGGUGGCCAUAAAUUUCCUUGGACGCGUGCCAAUUCUAGGAUCGUUUUUCAAUUUACCAUUUAUGCAACAGAUUGUCCAAAAACUUGGAGGAGAUGGCAACCGAACAACGGUGUAAAAUAUCUGUAGAACGUAUAAUAAAUUUUCAAAGACUUGUUUGUGUAAAA